CCUCCGCGUCCUCGGCGGCGUCCGCUUCCCAGGCGAAGCCGCAGGCACCCGCGAGGGCACAGGCAGGGGCUCCCGGCGAUUGGCCUGGCAGGGCUAGGACGGCGGUAGGAGCUGGGCGCGCACGGUUACCGAGCGUGGAGGAGACACUGCCCUGCGGCGAUGGGUGCCAGGGGCGCUCCUUCACGCCGGAGGCAGGCGGGGCGGCGGCUGCGAUACCUGCCCACCGGGAGCUUUCCCUUUCUUCUCCUCCUGCUACUUCUCUGCAUCCAGCUCGGGGGAGGACAGAAGAAAAAAGAGAAUCUUUUAGCUGAAAAAGUAGAACAACUGAUGGAAUGGAGUUCCAGGCGCUCAAUCUUCCGAAUGAAUGGUGAUAAAUUCCGAAAAUUUAUAAAGGCACCACCUCGAAACUAUUCUAUGAUUGUUAUGUUCACUGCUCUUCAGCCUCAGCGGCAAUGUUCUGUGUGCAGGCAAGCUAAUGAAGAAUAUCAAAUACUGGCUAACUCCUGGCGCUACUCGUCUGCCUUUUGCAACAAACUCUUCUUCAGUAUGGUGGACUAUGAUGAGGGGACAGAUGUUUUCCAACAGCUCAACAUGAAUUCUGCUCCUACAUUCAUGCAUUUUCCUCCAAAAGGCAGACCAAAAAGAGCUGAUACUUUUGACCUUCAAAGAAUUGGAUUUGCUGCUGAACAACUAGCAAAGUGGAUUGCUGACAGAACGGAUGUUCAUAUUCGAGUCUUCAGACCACCCAACUAUUCUGGCACCAUAGCUUUGGCCCUGUUAGUGUCACUCGUUGGCGGUUUGCUCUAUCUAAGAAGGAACAACUUGGAAUUCAUCUAUAACAAGACUGGUUGGGCCAUGGUAUCUCUGUGUAUAGUUUUUGCUAUGACUUCUGGGCAGAUGUGGAAUCAUAUUCGUGGACCUCCAUAUGCUCAUAAGAACCCACACAAUGGACAAGUGAGCUACAUUCACGGAAGCAGCCAAGCUCAGUUCGUGGCCGAGUCACACAUUAUUCUGGUACUAAAUGCUGCUAUCACCAUGGGGAUGGUUCUUCUAAAUGAAGCAGCAACAUCCAAGGGAGAUGUUGGAAAAAGACGGAUAAUUUGCCUAGUGGGAUUAGGCCUGGUGGUCUUCUUCUUCAGUUUUCUACUUUCAAUAUUUCGUUCCAAAUACCACGGCUAUCCUUAUAGUGAUCUGGACUUUGAGUGAGAAGAUGUGAUUUGGACCAUGGCACUUUAAAACUAUAACCUCAGCUUUUUAAUUAAAUGAAGCCAAGUGGGAUUUGCAUAAAGUGAAUGUUUACCAUGAAGAUAAAGUGUUCCUGAGAUAUAGUUUGAAUUCUUGAGUUCAUAUCCACGUUGAUUGUGAUAAUUCUAGCGUAUUCUUGUACAAUUUUUGAAAUGUGUUUUCCUAGCCAAUUUAAUUUAUAGAAGUGGAUAGUUAAGAUUCAUAUUAGCACUGGAAAGAACAAGAAAUACUGAAGUGUUUUCAAGCAUAUUAUAUUCAGUGUAUGCUGUAGGACUGAAAUAAAUGACAAUGUAAAUUAUGAA